GACACAGAGAUCAACAAAAAAAACGUUGAUGGAACUGACAUCGCGUUCUUGAAAUGAAAUAUACGUUUUUAGGUCGCUUACCAAAGACUAUUUAAAGUCAAACAUGAAGUUAAAGCAACUGGAAGGAUUUCUUGAAAAUCUAGAAGUUUAUAAAGAUCCAAAAGUCCAUCUUGAGCAGUAUCCUACAACACCCCACAUUGCAGCACACAUGUUGUACACAAUUGACCAGACAUUUGGGGAUAUAAAGGGUUACAGUAUAGCAGACUUGGGUUGUGGAUGUGCAAUACUUAGUGUUGGUGCUGCUAUGAUUGGCAGCGAACAUGUUGUGGGAUUUGACAUUGAUGCUGAUGCUUUGGAAAUAGCACAAAAAAACUUGGAGGAAAGUGAACUUGAAUCAAAUGUUGAAUUUAUCCAAUGUGAUGUUAAGCAAAUAGACUUUAUUUUGACUGAAGAAAAUCUUUUCGAUAUUGUUAUUAUGAAUCCACCAUUUGGUACAAAGAAUAAUGCUGGUGUUGACAUGCUAUUUCUAGAGAAAGCAGUAAAACUUGCAAAAAGAUCAGUGUAUUCUUUGCAUAAGACUGCUACAAGAGCACACAUCAAAAAGAAGGCCAGAGAUCUCAAUAUUAAAAUGGAAGUCAUUGCAGAACUGCGGUUUAAUUUAGAUGCGUCUUACAAAUUUCAUCGAAGAAAAUCAAUUGAUAUUGAAGUUGAUUUUAUUAGAUUCGAUGUUUGAGAAAAAUUAUAUAGUUUAUUAGCUAGUUCGGUGUGCACCAGUGUACAGAUUAUGAAAAACGUUCAAAUUAAUUUGUGUUCUCUGUUUAUUAAAUAAACAUUAUAAAAAACCCAACUAUAUAUACGUAUGAUAAUGCUGAAUAUAUUUUUCUAUUUCGCUGAAUUGCAAUAAUUCUA